UAUAACAAUCCAACCAUUGGAUGGGAGAGUAGAGGGUUCCGGCGCCACAUUCGAAUCGCAAAUUCUGGUCGACCCCUUCGUGAAUUGUCAAUAGAGAAGGAGAUUUUAUCUGAUAGGAUCAAGCAAGCAACUAUAAGAAGUCCGAGAGGACCGCACCUAGUCCGGCGAUAUCCAUCUCAAGAUGAAAGUAAAAAAGUCGAAGACUGCCUCAACUUCCAAUACUAAUGUUGAUUUGAAGUCCAUCAUUCAUCAGCAUGCCCUGUUCAUCGACAAGUUAGUGGAGCUCAUCCCUGCGAGGUUCUAUUUAUCUAAUGAUGAAAAGGAGAAACCUUGGUUUCAAGGCCUUAGCAAGAAUGAGAAGGCUUUGGCCAAGAAGGAAUCGAAAGAAAAUCUUAAGAAAGUUAAAAGAGAUCGUAUGGAUCCAGAAAAGUCUGAUAAAUCAACCGUUGAUUUGCUUAAGCAAAACUUGGAAAAGAACAAGUUAAGGAUUGAAACUGGCGAUAAUAAAAAGGAUGAUAAGCCAAUGACAUCUGGGUUGGAGGAUGAUCAGUCAGUGACAUAUGAAGAACUUCGGCAACGUCUGCAUGAAAAGAUUGAAGAGUUCCGAGCAAAUAGAAAUACAGAAUGUUCAAAUAGAGAGAGGAAGAGGAAGGAAAGAAAUGAAAGGAGGGAACUGAUUCAUAAGAAACAGAAGAGAGAAAAUGGGCUCGAGGAAAAGAAAUCAACAGGCUAUCCCUCAAAAGAUGAAGUUGAAAAGAAUGUAGCUGAAGCCUCUAAAGAACUUGCCUUCAGUCACGUCAAAUUGGGGACCGAAGAAGAGCAUGGGAAGAAAAAGAAAAGAAAGUUCUCCAAGUUGGAGGAGCUUGAGAGAGCCAAAAAAUUGGAGGAAGCAAAGAAGGAUUCCGAGAAGGGAGAAAUAAUCUCAAAGAAGCAUUCUUGGAAAGCAGCAACGAAUAGGGCGGCUGGGUUAAAGGUUCACGAUGAUGCAAAACUCCUGAUGAAGAGCUUAAAGAAGGAAAAGAAACAGCAACUGAAGAAUGUUCAGAAAUGGAAAGAUAGGAUUGAAACUACACAGAAGAUGAAAGCAGAAAGACAGCAAAAGAGAUCAGAUAACAUAGCACAGAAAAUUCAAGAUAAGAAGAUGCGGAAAAUUGCAAAGAGGGAGAAGAAGCUUAUGCGGCCCGGCUUUGAAGGUCGCAAGGAAGGUUUCAUCAACGAAGGUACGACUUAAGGCAAAGGUGGUUGUGCAAUGUUGUUGCCAUUAUUGUUUUGACCUAGUAUAUUUAGGAAAUGCAACCAAAACAUAUAUGUGUUCCUUCUUUUUUUUCUUUUCUUUUAUGUUCUUCAUGUGAAAGAAAUGUUAUGAAGAACGAGAAGCCAAAAAGUGAUGAAAAUAGAGAGAUUAACAAAGCAUUUUGUGCCUUCUAAGAAAAUAUAAUUUUCUAUCCCUUAUCCGUUC